UAGUCAGUCGUCACAAAUAUGUAAGGCUUCUUGCUACCGUCAACGGGUAUGGCGCCUCUUUUAUCCUGCGCACCCCUUUCGUGGGCGGUCAGACAGUCACACACAGAGAGAGAUAGAGGUGUCACGUCAAGGCUCGAGAAUCUAUGUCCCUUAAAGAAUUGACUAAAGCUCAGUGAUCGAGCUCACGGAUGGAGGUGCAUCUGAUCUGAGGCAUCUGACGACACCUUCAUCUCCUCCCAAUAGUCGACUGAAGGAGAAGGAAGGAAUGGCGGGCAAGGUUUCCAACUUCUCCCAUCUGAUACAGCGGGUCACCGCCUCUUGUUUGCUCCAUCCACUGGCCCCGACACGGCACGACUCCGGAGAGCUCGUGAGCGAUCAAGACGAAGGGGAGAGAGAAUGUGACUCUCAACAGGGAUUUGAAGAUCAAGAGGAAGUAGAAGAAGAAGAAGUGGAAGAAGUGGAAGAGAGUGAAGAAGUUUGGGAGCGGGGUAAGAGGGAGAUGAGGGCGGAGAGGCUGGUGGUGGAGAUGGAGGUGAUAAUGAACGAAGUGUUCGACACGGUGUCGGCGAUGAAGAGAGCCUACGUGAGCUUGCAGGAGGCGCAUUGCCCCUGGGACGCAGAGAAGAUGAGGGUGGCUGACGUGGCGGUUGUGGCGGAGCUUAGGAGGCUCGCGGUUCUGAGGGAGAGGUACCGGCGGAGCCUGAUUUGUCACGGGGGAGCCGGCGGCGGUUGUAGGAGGCCGGGAAGCCGCCCGGCGGAGGUGAGAGAGGUGGUGGCGCCGUAUGAGGCGGCCUUGGAGGAGAUGAAGAGGGAGGUGAAGGCCAGGGAAGUGGAGGUCGACAAUUUGAAGGAGAAGCUCCGGAGCUCGACCAGUCUUAAUGGAAGGAAUGGACGGUCUCUGUCAAAGAGGAGACUCAGUUGCAGUCAAGCUCAAGUUGCUGCGUCCCCGGCGCCGGAGCUCUUCGAAGCGACGAUGAGUCAAGUCCGGGAGGCGUCCAAGUCCUUCACCUCGCUCCUCCUCUCGCUAAUGCGCGCCGCGCACUGGGACAUCGCCUCCGCAGUCCGCUCGAUCGAGGCUGCCGGCGGUGCGGCGGCCGCGAACGUGUCGAUCGUAGGGGUCCACCACGCCAAGUACGCACUAGAGUCCUACAUCUCGCGCAAGAUCUUCCAAGGAUUCGACCACGAGACUUUCUACAUGGAUGGGAGCCUCUCGUCGCUGCUGAACCCCAGCCAGUACCGGCGAGACUGCUUCGCGCGGUACCGGGACAUGAAGGCCAUGGACCCAGUGGAGUUGCUUGGGGUGUUGCCGAGCUGCGACUUCGGCAAGUUCUGCUCGAAGAAGUACCUGGCGAUCGUGCACGCGAAGAUGGAGGAGUCCUUCUUCGGGAGCCUGGAGCAACAGAAGCAGGUGGGGGCCGGGAGCCACCCAAGGACGGAGUUCUACGGCGAUUUUCUGAAGCUGGCCAAGGCGGUGUGGCUCCUCCACUUGCUGGCGUUCUCACUGGAUCCGGCUCCAAGCUUGUUCGAGGCGAGCAGAGGGGCAGAGUUCCAUCCGCAGUACAUGGAAAGCGUGGUCAAGUUCUCGGGCGGGCAAGUGCCGGCGGGUCACGUGGUCGGCUUCCCGGUGAGUCCCGGAUUCAGGUUAGGCAACGGGUCAGUGGUCAAGGCUAGGGUUUAUUUGGUGUCCCGAGUGUGAAAUUGGAGCUGCAUUUUCCUAAUUGUAGUUAGAUCCUAUGGGAUAGCCACAGGAGACUGCUUCUUUUUUCUUCUUCUUUUUGUUUUUUUUUUUUUUGGUAGUGUGCUAGUAACUUAUGCUUAGAGCUGAGGUGUGUAUCUGUAAUGGGGAUGUGGUGACUGCAUUUUCGCUUUGACGACAUGCGGGUCCUGAUUCAGUUAAUGGAGCGGACCGUUUGAUGCAA